AUGUCUGCUCCGUUAAACUCGUCCUAUCCGGGUGCCCUCAUAUCCGACUCUAUCGAGAAAUUUAUUCUUGAAGCCGAGGCCAGACUUACUGAGGCCAUUAAUUCCCUCCAGGCGGCCAAAAACAGUCUUCAGCUGAUCGGUCCUCUCUCGGGAAUGCCAGGUACCCUCCUCUCCGCUCAAGAGAGACAUAGUGGUUUGGUGAUGGGCCAUAGGUAG